AUGUCUGGCUCAACUGGCAAAUGGCGCGAGGAACAGGUCCUCAUCAUCUGCCCCGGCUCCCAGACAACACUGGCUCAGAUGGGAUGCAACGAGCUCACACCACCACAGCACCGGUUUCCGACUCGCAUGUUUCCUGACCCAGAAGUGGAGGGCCAGUUUAGGCCCUUCCACACGUACAAGCGACCCAAGACCACGGCCAGUGUCAAGGGAGAAGGCGAGGACGAUUUUGACUGGGUGGAGGAUGUUGAUUCACUGGAAGGGGCCAUCUAUCCGAUUCAGGCAGGCCACAUUGUGCACAUGGAGGCGUUUUUGGCGUUUCUCGAACACGUUCACCAAGCCUUGACAACGACAUACCACAACACACCAAUCAUGCUGAUGGCGAGUCCGCAGUGGACAAAGGCGGACUGCGAGGUGAUUUCGCGCUACGUGUUUGAGAAGACAAAGACCCCCGCGCUGUGUCUGCUUCACAGCGGAUUGGCGACACAGUACGGUCUCAAAUGGCCAAACAUGACAGUGGUGGAUGUGGGGUUCGAAAAGGUGGACGUUACAUGUGUAUAUGAAGGGAGGGUAGUUGGACACAAUGAUGUUGGGCCGGGGAAUGUCAGGGACAGCGAGAAGGCUGAUGAGGAGAGGAAAAGGGGAAUCAGCGGCGGAGAGUUCUUUACCAAGAGGCUGAUGGAGCUGCUGAAGGAGCAGGGGUUUGAUCAUGAGAUGGCGGAGCAACUGAAGAAGAGCCCGGUCUGUGAGGUCUUGCCUUAUGCCGCCGAGUCCAAGGAGCUUAUGGAGCUGCCGACAGAGGGGGGAUCCGCGACUGGCAGCAACGGAACAGCGACAUCAUCGGCUGCGCCGACAGAAGGACCGAAGAUUGUCACCACUGUGGUGGGCGCUGAUGAUGACCUGGGUAUCGAUGGCGAUGAGAAGGUGGUCAAUGAGGAAGGCGUGCUUGAUGUGGCCAGUCUGGUCGUCAGCGGUCAAACCCGUGAGUUUUUGGCGAAACAGGAAAAGCUCAAGGCGGAGAAGGCAAAGGCUGGCAGAAAGGGCAAGGGGCAGGAGACCGAUGCCGCUGCUGCGGCCAAGGCCAGACUGCCGAAUUCGAAGCGAACCAAGACCAUAUUUCACUACGAAGAAUUGGUGACUGAGGAUGUCCCUGUUGCGCCCCCUGCAGCACCGGCUCCCUCAGCCUCCACUCCAGCAGAGAAUGGGGUGUCCAAGGACGUCGAGAUGGCCGAUUCUGGUGCUGCCCCUGCAUCGUCGACUGACGAUGCAGGAACGAAACCCGAUGAACCUGCCGCGAAGACAGGAGGAGAGCAAGCGCAACCUGCUGCUGAUGCUGCGGCGCCUCCAGCAGCAGCUCAACCCCCUGCUGCUGCUCCAGCUACAGAGCGCAUCUCCCGCCGGGUCCGUCGUGAUAUCGAGGUGGGCCUAGAGCGCUUCCUGUUUGCGGACCGCAAGGAAAUCGAUCGGAUUGUCACCACCAUCUACCACACCGUACAGGGCAUUGAUGAAAUGUACAUGCGCCCUAGUUGCUGGGAAAAUCUAGUCUUUGUCGGCAACGGAGCGCGCAUCCGUGGCCUAAAGGACAAUAUCAUGCAAACCCUUCAAGCCCGCCACCUGAUCUCCCCUUCCUCUGCCACCAUGUUCACCUCGGAGCUGCCAUCAAACAUCGGCACCCCUUCCGGAACUGGUUCGCAGACACCCACUGGUUCAUUCACUGGCCAGUUGCCCACAAGCAGCAGCGUCAACCCGUUGCUUCAAGCCGCCACCACCGCCGCCAGCCUCGGCGUCCCCGGCGGCCCUCAAGGCCAGAUUGUGGGCGCAGACGGUCAGCUACAGACAAGCCAUCAUUUCCACAGCCAGACACCCACUAACAUCAAGCUGGCUACGCUGCCGACUUAUCUGGCGGAAUGGACCAAGAACGGUUUCGAGGAAGCCAUGUUUCUGGGUGCGCAGGUAGCAGCGCGCCUGGCCUUUUGCAUUCACAACUUGGACCCAGCCGGACUAGAGGCACAAAGGAGUAUGAGCUUCAGCAGGGUGGACUAUAAUGAGUUGGGGCCAAAGGGCAUCAGGUCCCACUCGAUGCUUAUCUAGCUGCCUGCUGCGGUUUCUCAUGCAGGAGGCUCUUUUUCCUAUUGUCCACGGAAAACGGUGUUCGGUUUUUUAGUUUUGCGGAGUGAACAGCGGGGUUUUCCUCGGGGCUUCUGGGAAGGGCGUUGGCAGCGGGUGGACAGUUGGGUGUCUAAGUUUGUGAGGGCUAAAUUGUUUAUCCAAUGUUGAACACAUGUUACAGCGAGCCGCUAUUCUAGGUUUUUCUGAGGGUCAAGUGUGCUAUAGGAUGUCUUGAAUAAUCCGUACCGAUCAUGCUUGCGAUCUAUCAAGUACGUCACUCAUCCUACGCUGGAGGUUACUUGCAGUUUCCUGUUGGCUACCUUCCUCAUGGACGGUGGAUGCGAAUAGAAUAUCCCAUUUCUC